AUGGUUCACCCGCGGCUGGUGUUUCAGGAACUUAUUGCGCCCAAGGUUCUCCGAUUCUACGACGAGAAGUGGAUCUUCCGAGGUCAUAGAUCAGACUUCAGGGAGGCUAUCUCAAGGAUCACGCGGGUGGACGCAGACGUUCUAGGGGAUUGCACACUCCUGGAGUCAAAGCCAGUGGCGCGCAGAAUGUCUUGGGCAUCGAGGCGGACUACGACGAGGAUAGAGGAUGUCGCCUACUGUCUCAUUGGAAUUUUCGACGUCAACAUGCCGAUGCUGUACGGCGAAGGCGACAGGGCGUUUUUGCGUCUGCAAGAGGAGAUUAUCCGGCGCUCUAACGACAUUUCAAUCUUCUGCCAUGCACCGCUGCGACCUCACCCAUCGACGUCGUUGAUGGGUAAAGAAGACUUGCCGCCAGAUCUCUCGGAUCUCUAUUUCUGCGACAUGCUAGCCAAGUCUCCAGAAGCGUUUUCUGAGUCCAAUAGCAUCUCGCGAAUUCGAGGGACAUUGUCGGAUUGGAAGCCCAAUUCGGCCGCGAGUAAGGGCAGAGCAUGGGCCACCUCGAGGGAGUACAAUUAG